CCCACCCCCCCCCCAAAAAAAUUGAAAAGAAAAGAAACAGAAAUUGACCGUAGAGAUGGCUAGGAUACCUGUUAGAUUCAAAAGGGUCGUGGCAGCUUUUGAUGAGGAAGCUCGGGCUAGGCUGUAUGAGAGCAGUGGCAGCGAGCACUCUGCAGAGACAUGUACCGAUUUGUCACAUUUAGUUAAUUCUUUUCUUGAAAACGAGGAGGGACUUGGUGAUCCUCGGGGGAUUGAUCAAAUGAACGAUGGGGCUGAAGAUUCAGAUGAAUCAUCGGAGAGGAACUGUUCUGAUUCCGACAUUAAGGACAGUUUGAAGAGGUUGUUGAAUUGUCAAGUCGAUGAGGUGAAGAGACAGAUUCAUACGGCGGUGGAAAAAGCUUCAAGGGAAGUUGUUGGCGCCCAUGGUUCGUCAACAGUUGAUUUUAAACGGCGUCUUAUGGUCCGGUUGCGUGAUAGAGGUCUUGAUGCUGGCUUUUGCAAAUCCAAGUGGGAAAAAGUUGGCCACUGCCCUUCUGGGGAUUACGAAUAUAUUGAUGUUUAUGUGGCUGGAACUAGGUACUUUGUUGAAGUUGCUCUAGCUAAAGAGUUCGCGAUAGCCAAGCCAACCGGGCGCUAUACAUCCUUACUCAACAUUUUCCCUCAAAUAUUUGUUGGCAAAGAAGAUGAGCUCAAGCAGGUGACAAGAUUAAUGUGCAGUGCCAUUAAGAAAUCCAUGAAGAAAAUUGACAUUCAUUUGCCACCAUGGAGGAGAUUAGGUUACAUGCAAGCAAAAUGGUUCGGCUCUUAUAAAAGAACAACCAAUGAACUUUCUCCAGCUCAAAAAGCAUUUGAUUCUGACGAGGACGACUUGAGAAGAAGGAAGAGAUCAGUUGGUUUUGUGCCCGUGCCAACGAUUUCUUUCCCCUGCAGAGAAGAUUUCUCUACUAAAUGUGUUGGUGGUUUCAGAGUAGGCAACUUGGCUGCGGAGUUGAACGGCAACAGCGUACUAUCGUAGGUUAACAAUUCACAAAGUUGGCCAAUUUGUGUGAACAAAAUUUGCCCAACAAAUGGCUGCUGCUUUUUUGAGACGAUAGUCUAGGCCUGCAUAGGAUAAGCUUUGAUUUCUUGGAAUUAGUUCGAUUGCUUUGGAGGGCUACUGGAGCAAGAUUCCCUCUACUCCUCCAUAAAUCUCUUGCAUUAUGUUACUAGUUUUCUGAUCGCCUCAUUUGGCUGCUGAGCAAUCAAAGCCUAUAUAUAGACUUGUUUGUUAA